CUAGUCAAAUUGCGAAAUAUUUUAUUAGUCUUUUAUUGUAUAGCUUUAACAAGAAUCGAGCUUUAAAAUGGUUAUAACAAAGGAAGUGGAGAUACCUGACUUUGAAGAACUGAAAACCGACGAAGUAAAAGUGUCGACAGCUGUUCUAAUGUCGGCCUCUGUUUACAUCGGCAAGCAGUGCGAGGGCGUCAAUAACGAGUUCAUGCUCUGUCGUCAAGAGCUAAAUGACCCCCGACCCUGCCUUGAGGUCGGAAAGCAGGUAACUGCAUGUGGAAAGGAAGUUCUUAGGCGAAUCAAGAAUGAUUGUCUCGAAGAAUUCAAUCAAUACGCUAAUUGUAUCGAUAAAAGCUCGGGUGACUACAGCUUUAGGCACUGUCGCAGAACACAGGCAGUAUUCGAUUAUUGCAUGAAGGAGAGGCAGUGUGUGCUGCGUCCUGAAUUUGGGUACUUCACCCGCGGUCGUGUGCAUACUACUGAAAUGGACGAACUCCCUGCACCGCCUUGUCCUUGCCACCCAAAGGUGGAGGACGCGACUCCAGGUUUGCCGGACUGCAAGCCCCGUAAACCGCCUCGAUUCGGCGGCCGAUUGUAUUGGUCAAACGACUAAGAACUCAUCGAGGAGC